CCCCCUGACUUUCGAUCGGAUAAUCCGACUCGGGCCUCAUGUCCGGAUCUCCCUCAUGGUCCCGUAGAUCCGUUCCUUAUCUUUCUGGUUGAUCGGUUUCACUCGGUUCCAGUCUCACGUGGGCGUUUCACUCCAGGCGCUAUUUAUCAAGGCCUUAGAAGCCCGUACACUGCCGCCUCACCGAGCAGAGCGCCUAGGCCCUGA